AUGUUUACCGAAUGGAAGAAGAUAAGGGUUCUGGGAGAAGGUUCCUAUGGAACUGUCUGUCUUGCUACGACCAUUUUUCCAAAAGAAGUGCAAGAAGUGUUGAUAGCUGUUAAGAGUUCAAAGCCUCACAGGGAAGAAUCUUUGGAGAAAGAAGAAGCCAUAUUGAAUUUAUUCCAUGGUCGCAAAGAAAUUGUUCAGUGCAUUGGGGGCGUACCCACCAUUGAGAAUAGUGGUUAUGUCUACAAUCUGAUGAUGGAGUUUGCUCCUUAUGGCUCUCUUGGAAACUUGAUCAAAAGGAGAAAAUCACUAUUGGAGAGUGAAGUAAAAGUGUACACACGCAUGCUUCUGAAAGGGCUUUCUGUGAUUCAUGAAUUUGGAGUCAUUCAUUGUGAUCUUAAACCGGACAACGUUCUUUUAUUUCCUUCCCAAGAACAUGGUGUGGAGUAUGAACUAAAGAUUGGUGAUUUUGGAAUGUCUAAGAGGAAAGAAGAGGUGUUUGAUGGUGACUUUUGGAAGAUUAAGUUUAGAGGUUCACCAUAUUACAUGUCACCAAUCGAGGGGGCAAAUCGAAGCAGCCUUGGAUAUAUGGUCUCUUGGAUGCAUGGUUAUUGA